AUGAAUGACUCAUUUUUUGCGGAUAUUAAAAUCAAUUAAUUAAAAAAUUCUUUAUUAUUGUCUUUUAUUCUUACAAACAACAAUUAAUUUUUUUAUUCUAAUAUAUUUUCCUCAUUAAAAAUAAAAAGAUAUAUCUAUUUUUUAUUAAGUUAAUAUCAAGCAUUUAUAAUUAAAAAAAGUAAUUUUUAUUAAACUAAUAUCAAGAAUUUAUAAUUAAAGAAAGUAAUUUUUAUUAAAAUAUUUAUUUUUGUUGUCUUUUUUUCUAUCUAACUUGAUUUAUUUUAAGGAGAAAGUUCUUUAAUUAUUUUUUAAAUAAUUAUAUGUAGAAAGCAUAAGCUGAUAAAGGAAUUAGUAACCCUCUAAUAUCUCGAAUAUCUUUUUAGUUUUAAUUUUAACUAAAUUCUUUUAAUAUUUCAUUAAUAUUAAUGUUGUUAGGUUAGCAGACAUCUUCUUAAAUACCUUUAUUAAUUUUUUUCUCAAGUUGCUGAACAUCAUAUCUAUUUCGAAUAGGUAUAUCAGAUUAUAUUACUUUAUAGUUAAUGA